ACGAAGGCGAGAGGGACGUGGCCGGAAGUAGGGCAAGAGAGACAGCUGUGCUCAUCCCGGGCCAUGCGGUUGCUCAUGCUGGGGGCUCUGCGCGCCCACACCGGGAACGGCACCACCGCGAGGAGGAUCCAGGAUCACAUAGAAGCUGCUGGUCACUCAUGUGCCCUCAUGGAUAUCUCUUCCUGCAAAUCCCCAUUGGCUGUUUCAAAUCUCAUUUCCUCUGAGAACUUCGAGGCAGCUCUGGGCAUUCAUCUUUAUAAAGCAGGCAGACUUCUGCAAGGCAGCGGGAUUCCUUUUGGAAUCAUCUUUGGUGGAACCGACAUCAAUGAAGAUGCCAAGUGUGACGAAAAGGCCAAAGUGAUGGGGAGAGUGUUGGAGGAAGCCAGGUUUGCAGUGUCCUUCACAGAGUCAAUGAAGGAAGCAGCUGCAGUGUAUUGGCCUCGUGCCAGGAACAAAAUAUAUGUUCAAGCUCAAGGAAUUGUGACCACCUGCAACGCUUCUUUCAACUGGAAGAGAUUUCUGCAGUCUGAAGGGAUUCUCCAGGACAGCAGCAGCCUGCGCCUCUUCCUCUUGAUAUGCGGCCUGAGAAGAGUCAAGGAUCCUCUUUAUCUAGUGAAUGCUUUUGCAGAAUGGCACCGAGAGGAGCCCAGCACACACCUGAUUAUAAUUGGACCCGCAGUUGAUCCACUGUUUGCAGAGGAAGUCAAAGAGAAAAUUAAAAGGGCGGAUGGGGUGCAUUUGCUUCAGGAGAUCUCUCAAGAAGACCUGCACGCUCUUGUGAAAAAAUGCUUUGCCGUUGUCAACAGUUCCAUUUCGGAGGGGAUGUCGGCCACAAUCUUAGAGGCAAUGGAUUUAAAUGUUCCGGUGAUGGCAAGGAAUAUCCCAGGGAAUGCUGCAAUAAUCGCGCACAAGACAACUGGGCUGCUAUACUCAAACCCCCAGUACACAUCCUAUUAUGAUUUCAUUCUUAGUAAGUAUCCAAUACAUUUUAAUCAUCAGUGCUAUUCUUUCUGCAUUUGCUACCUUUCAUCUCACCUGCGAAGAAAUGUUAAAGCUAUUGUAUGUGAUAAUUCUGCUCCGUAUAUGUCAUAAAAGGAGACCCUAAUCUUUCAGAUUGCCCCUGCGUUUGCCUCCUUCCCUCAGUCUAACCUAUUCAGUUAAUUUUGCAAUCGCUGGGUCGUAUUGUGCUUCCAUUCUCUUUUUACUGUUGGCAUCUUAGAAGAAAAUGUUCUUGAACUUGGUGAUAAUGCCUCUUCCUGGCUUGGAUGGAGGACAGAGAAGCGUGUUUAUAGACACGUUGGACCAACCUUCCCCAACCUGGUGCCCUUCAGAUGUUUUAGGCACAACUCACACAAUCCUAUCCAGCACAAUCAGGAAGCAGUCGCCCAAAACAUCUCGAGGGAGCCAGGUUGGGCUCAGGCUUCUACAUGGCUGGAAUUGAGCCAGUUUCAAAGUGGUAAGAAUUGCAUUCAUUAAAGCCCCGCUUUUGUCUCUGUUCCAUGGCAGGCAGCCCCUGGAAAGCCCUUCCCCUUAACCUGCCCUCUUCCAUAGACCAGAGGCAGAACACCUGCUUUUCAUGCAGGAGGUCCCAGGUUAGGUCCAUGGCAUCUUCAGGUAGGUCUGGAAACGCUGCGGCCUCAAAUCCUGGAGAACCUCUUGCCAGUCCAUGUAGACAAUACUGCGCUUGAUGAUCUGACAAUCUGUAAGGCCGCUGUUCCUGUUCCCUUGCGACGUGGCAAGUUGAUAGAGUGUAAUCUCCUUUGAGUCCUUUUGGAUAUUGGCAGUGGGAUAAUAACAACAGCUAUUUCUCACCU